AUGAUGGAAGAAUUGCAUAGCCUGGACCCCCGACGGCAGGAAUUAUUAGAGGCCAGGUUUACUGGAGUUGGUGUUAGUAAGGGGCCACUCAAUAGUGAGUCUUCCAACCAGAGCUUGUGCAGCGUGGGGUCCUUGAGUGAUAAAGAAGUAGAGACUCCUGAGAAAAAACAGAAUGACCAGCGAAACCGGAAAAGAAAAGCUGAACCAUAUGAAACUAGCCAAGGGAAAGGCACUCCUAGGGGACAUAAAAUUAGUGAUUACUUUGAGUUUGCUGGGGGAAGCGGGCCAGGAACCAGCCCUGGCAGAAGUGUUCCACCAGUUGCACGAUCCUCACCGCAACAUUCCUUAUCCAAUCCCUUGCCGGCUCAGCAAAACAGUCCCUCAUCUACGGGAUCUGGCAACACAGAGCAUUCCUGCAGCUCCCAAAAACAGAUCUCCAUCCAACACAGACAGACCCAGUCUGACCUCACAAUAGAAAAAAUAUCUGCACUAGAAAACAGUAAGAAUUCUGACUUAGAGAAGAAGGAAGGAAGAAUAGAUGAUUUGUUAAGAGCCAACUGUGAUUUGAGACGGCAGAUUGAUGAACAGCAAAAGAUGUUAGAGAAAUACAAAGAACGAUUAAAUCGAUGUGUGACAAUGAGCAAGAAGCUCCUUAUAGAAAAGUCAAAACAAGAGAAGAUGGCAUGUAGAGAUAAAAGCAUGCAAGAUCGCUUGAGACUGGGCCACUUUACCACUGUCCGACACGGGGCUUCGUUUACUGAACAGUGGACAGAUGGUUAUGCUUUCCAGAACCUUAUCAAGCAACAGGAAAGGAUAAAUUCACAGAGGGAAGAGAUAGAAAGACAACGAAAAAUGUUAGCAAAGCGGAAACCUCCUGCCAUGGGACAGGCCCCUCCAGCAACCAAUGAGCAGAAACAGCGGAAAAGCAAGACCAACGGAGCUGAGAAUGAAACGUUAACAUUAGCAGAAUACCAUGAACAAGAAGAAAUCUUCAAACUCAGAUUAGGUCAUCUUAAAAAGGAGGAAGCAGAGAUCCAGGCAGAGCUGGAAAGGCUAGAAAGGGUUAGAAAUCUACAUAUCAGGGAACUAAAAAGGAUACAUAAUGAAGAUAAUUCACAAUUUAAAGAUCAUCCAACGCUAAAUGACAGAUAUUUGUUGUUACAUCUUUUGGGUAGAGGAGGUUUCAGUGAAGUUUACAAGGCAUUUGAUCUAACAGAACAAAGAUAUGUAGCUGUGAAAAUUCACCAGUUAAAUAAAAACUGGAGAGAUGAGAAAAAGGAGAAUUACCACAAGCAUGCAUGUAGGGAAUACCGGAUUCACAAAGAACUGGAUCAUCCCAGAAUAGUUAAGCUGUAUGAUUAUUUUUCACUGGACACUGACUCGUUUUGUACAGUACUAGAAUACUGUGAGGGAAAUGAUCUGGACUUCUACCUGAAACAGCACAAAUUAAUGUCGGAGAAAGAAGCCCGAUCCAUUAUCAUGCAGAUUGUGAAUGCUUUAAAGUACUUAAAUGAAAUAAAACCUCCUAUCAUACACUAUGACCUCAAACCAGGUAAUAUUCUUUUAGUAAAUGGUACAGCGUGUGGAGAGAUAAAAAUCACAGAUUUUGGUCUUUCCAAGAUAAUGGAUGAUGAUAGCUACAAUUCAGUGGAUGGCAUGGAGCUAACAUCACAAGGUGCUGGUACUUACUGGUAUUUACCACCAGAGUGUUUUGUGGUUGGGAAGGAACCACCAAAGAUCUCAAAUAAAGUUGACGUCUGGUCAGUGGGUGUGAUCUUCUACCAGUGUCUUUAUGGAAGAAAGCCUUUUGGCCAUAAUCAGUCCCAGCAAGACAUUCUACAAGAAAAUACUAUCCUCAAAGCUACUGAAGUGCAGUUCCCGCCAAAGCCAGUAGUAACACCUGAAGCAAAGGCGUUUAUUCGACGAUGCUUGGCCUACCGAAAGGAGGACCGCAUCGACGUCCAGCAGCUGGCCUGUGACCCCUACUUGCUUCCUCACAUCCGAAAGUCGGUCUCCACGAGUAGCCCUGCUGGAGCUGCUAUCGCGUCAACCUCGGGGGCGUCCAAUAACAGUUCUUCGAAUUGA